AUGAAUAGGGUAAAGGAAAUUAUCAAGGAAUCCUCAACAUUGGACAGAUUAAUUGAUAUUGCAGAGGAUACAAAGGUGGGAUAUUAUGCUGCAGUAUUGGACAGAUUAAUUAAUAUUGCAGAGGAUACAAAGAGGAUACAAAGGUGGGAUAUUGAAGAUGAUACAAAGGUGGGAUAUUAUGCUGCAGUAUUGAACAGAUUAAUUGAUACUGCAGAGGAUACAAAGGUAGGAUAUUAUGCUGCAGUAUUGAACAGAUUAAUUGAUAUUGCAGAGGAUAUAAAGGUGGGAUAUUAUCCUGCAGUAUUGAACAGAUUAAUUGAUAUUGCAGAGGAUACAAAGGUGGGAUAUUAUACUGCAGUAUUUAACAGAUUAAUUGAUACUGCAGAGGAUACAAAGGUGGGAUAUUAUGCUGCUGUAUUGAACAGAUUAAUUGAUACUGCAGAGGAUACAAAGGUGGGAUAUUAUGCUGCUGUAUUGAACAGAUUAAUUGAUAUUGCAGAGGAUAGAAAGGUGGGAUAUUAUGCUGCAGUAUUGGACAGAUUAAUUGAUAUUGCAGAGGAUACAAAGGAACCUGAUUUUUCUUUCUCUCAUGGCGGUCUCUUCCUACAAACUCUUCAAGAGGGAGGCAGCAAAGUGGAGGAUGGAGUUCAUCAGAGGCCAGAUAGAGUUCAUCAGAGGCCAGAGGAUGAUGUAAAAAUAGAUAUAAAGAUUCAUAGUGAUGAAGAAUACAGAGAUGACGAGGAUGACAGAGAAAAUCAGUAUCAUGAGGAUUUGAGUUUUGAUGGAUCACAUGGUGAUGAGAAUUUGGAGGAGGAGGAGAAGGGAGAGAUAAGAAAAUACGAGAAAAGAAAACCCUAUCCUCCAACCCUGUCCGAGAAACGAUUUUUAGAUCGGUGCUCACAAUUAGGUGAAUGUGAGGAUUUGGAGGUUUAUUUUUCUUCACCUAACUUGGAUCUCGGAGCUAUAACAUGCUUUCUCUGUAAAAAAGAGCUUACCUCAUCAAUUGUACAAAGGGCAAGUUUACGAAUAUGUUUAAUAGACAGGGCAGUUGACCAUAUUCUAGUUAAACACUUCAAGACCUACGCCUACCAAUGCCAAGUGUGUCAAACCACUUUCAACUCACCUAAACCCUGGAAGGACCACGUCAAGACGAACUGUGAUAAAAGAAUGCUGUCUAACCUGGGCAAAUUUGUCUGCAAGAAAUGUAAACAAAGAUUUGAAACCAAGACUGAACUGUACUCUCACGUAAGUACCUGCCAUGAUCAGUAUUUAGCGGAUUUACUAAUCUGUUCCAGCUGUGGACUCAUGUUUAAAACAGAAAAAUGUCGGAGCGACCACGAAAAGAAGUUUCACAAAAUAGUCAACAACAGCUUCAAAGAGAAACCUUCGAAACGGGAUAGGAAUUUACCGAAUGGUGGAGCUCCCCGUGUUCUUUGUCCAACAUGUGGUUUUGAAUGCUGCACAAAGUGGGUUCUGGAGAAUCAUAUAAGAAAGUGGCAUGAAAAUGCGUUUGCUGAACCAAAAAUCUGCGAACUCUGUGUUAAACCAGACUCAUCAAACUUUAGCAGACGAAAGUACUAUACACCUUACUCAUUGGAAAAACACAAGAGUGAAUAUCAUGGAGCUGAUUGUCAUGAAAUCAUCUGUGAACACUGUUCAAAAGUAUUUAAAGGUAAAAGUACAGAUUUAACGAAUAGUUUUGCUGAUCUUGUAAAUAAAACAAAAUGUUAG